UCAGUCCCCAAAGGCAAAGCCCCCUUCUCAUUUCCUCAAGCAGCGGGAGAAGAAAAGCUUUUUUUUUUUUUAAAGAGAGGUGCGGAGCAGCCGCCGGAAAAGGUGAGGGAUGAAGGAGUUAAGGAGAAGGUUCCGGAGCUCGGAGCGCGGAGCUGGGCUGCGUUCUGCAGGCGGGAGAGGAGGAGGAGGAGGAGCGAGCGAACGGGCGAGUGAGUGAGCGAGCGAGUAGAGGAAACCAGCUGGCUGGAGCUCUCAGCUCUCACUCGCGCUUUCGCCUGUGAGUGAGCCGGAGCUUUUCCUCCGUCUGUCAGUCUCUCUCUCUCUCUCUCUCUCUCUCUCUCUCCCUGUCCCUCUGUAUCAUUCAGCGCCUGUAGGGGGACUCCUUCCCUCCCGCAUGCCCCAGCCAUGCUGCCCUGGAGAAGGAGUAAGUUUGUCCUGGUGGAGGACGAGGCCCGGGGGAAGCCCAAGAGCCUGAGCGUGGGGCUCAGCUACCACAGCAUCCUCUCAUCCCUGGUGCGCUCCUGCCCCGACCUCCUGCCGGACUGGCCCCUGCAGCGGCUGGGCGCCAUCUUCCGUACCAAGCGGCAGAAGGUGGAGCUCAACAAGGAGGAGCCCACCUACAGCGUGCGUUACCUGGGCAAUGCCGUCACCCUGACGGCCAAGGGCGAGGGCUGCACGGACGACGCCGUGGCCAAGAUCUGGAGCCGCAGCGACUACGGCGGCCAGAGCACCAAGAUGAAGCUGACGGUGGGGGCCCAGGGCAUCCGCAUGAACCUGGAGGGCUCCAAGGGCUCCAAGAAGCCCAGCCAGCUCUACUUCCUCCACCGCAUCACCUACUGCGCUGCCGACCCCCGCCGGCCCAAGAUCUUCGCCUGGGUCUACCGUCACCAGAUAAAGAACAAGGCGGUGGUGCUGCGCUGCCACGCCGUGCUGGUCACCCGGGCGGAGAAGGCCCGGGCCAUGGCCCUCAGCCUGUACCAGACCUCGGCCUCAGCCUUCAGCGAGUUCAAGAGGCUCAAGCGCCAGAGCGACUCCCGCCACUGCCAGCAGCAGGCGCUAGGCGGGGACGCCGUGCCCCUCGUGCCGCUCCGGAGGCUGCUGAACGGGCAGUGCCACUACCGGCCGCCCCCGGACAGGCCUCGAGCCGGGACACGCCUGUGCUCCAUCGUGGAGGAGGAGGAGGAGGAGGACGAGGAGGAGGAGGGUGGGGAGGGUGACGGGGAGAACAUGAAGGGGCUGGGGUCUAACGGUCGCCCCCCUCGACCGCCUGAGAAGGACGUGGGGAGGAUUGUCCACGGGCUGGAUGCCUGCAGCAUCGGUGGGAGCAGAGGCAGGUCGCUCAGCAGACAGAUCGGCGUCAGCAGACUCUUGUGA